ACCUAGCCUCAUGAUCACUUGUCACACAGGCCAACCCUGACUCAAUGUGGAGGAGACCACGCAAGAGUGUGAAUACCAGGAGGUGGGGAUCCCUGGAGGUCAUCUGUUUUCAUUUUGUAAUUUUUCUCUGGCUAUGUAAGGCCUGCUUCAGUUUCUACCCAUGUGGUGAUGACUUUCAAAAGUUGAUGUCUAGCCCAGACCUGUACCUGUACAUUCAACCGCCUACAUUGACAUCUGGACCAGAAGUCUCUAGGCUACCUCAAAUUCAACUUGUCUGAGAUAGAACUAGAGAUCAUUUUUCUUUCCAAAAUCAGAUCCUCUUCCAGUUUCUCUGUAUCUAGGAACCCCUCCACUAUCUACGCAUUCACUCAAGGCUGAACAGUGGCAUUAUCCUUGAAGCCACUUUGUUACUCUUUCACAUCCAGUUCGUCACCGCGUCUUGUUGAUUUUGUUCCUACAUGUCUCUGCAGACUGUCCAGUUCUCCUCCUCUUCACCAUCGCUCCAGUCCAAGUCUAAGCGAGCUCCAGCUUCAUCGUCUUUUGCCCAGAUGACUGCAUUGGCUUCCCAGCUGGUCCUACCAGAGCUUCUUGAGCAACCAGUCAGCUAUAGUGUCACGUUCUCAAGGAAGCCUCCUCGGACUCCCAAGUUCAGACCAGAAGCUCCUGUAACUUCUCUCAAAAACCUUGUUCCUCUCGGAAGAGCACACAUCUCAGUUUGUAUUUCAACACAUGUUGUGUAAUUGUUUAAUUGAUGAGUGCUUUCGCUCUGCCUUCUCUUAACAUAGUGUUUAGUGUCAGGAGUUCCUCACUGUGUCCCCACCGCCAGGCCUAGUGCCUGGCACACAGCAGGUGCUCAAAAUGUGUUGGGUGAAAAAUAAAUGGACGAGUUCCGCUUCCCUGCAUUGGGCCAUCCAUCCGUGUGACACCUGUGAGUGCCUCCACCCCCAGACUGGGGUGUGUCCCUCCAGGGUCGGACUUUAGCACCUCAUCCAGGCUGGCAGGAGGCUGUGCUCUUUGGUUUGCCUAUCUCGGACUUCCCGCCCAGCUGCGCAGACGGCAGAACCCACAGCGGGGGCGUGUCGCGGGCUUACGCAGAACCUCCCUGUCUCGGCACGUCAGUUCUGUACUCUACCCCAGGAGGAAUCGGGCUUAGACCUAGAAGUUUCCUCGCACCUCCGGACGUGGGAAUUACACGCUUGAACGUCAAACCCAAGCGGGUGUCCUCAUGACUUCCCCUGCAGACCAUGUCCAUGAUCCUUUUUGCCUGUGUGGUGAGGGUGAGGGAUGGACUGCCCCUCUCGGCCUCCACUGACUUUUACCACACCCAGGAUUUUCUGGAAUGCAGGAGACGGCUCAAGACUUUAGCCUUGCGACUGACCCAGUACCCAGGUCGAGGUUCUGCAGAAGGACGUGACUUCAGUAUACAUUUCUCUUCGUUGGGGGAUGUGGCUUGCAUGGCUAUCUGCUCCCGCCAGUGUCCAGCGGCCAUGGCCUUCUGCUUCCUGGAGACCGUGUGGUGGGAAUUCACAGCUUCCUAUGACACCACCUGUAUUGGCCUAGCCUCCAGGCCAUACGCCUUUCUUGAAUUUGAUAGCAUCAUUCAGAAAGUGAAGUGGCAUUUUAACUGUGUAAGUUCCGCUCAGAUGGAGAGCAGCUUAGAAAAAAUUCAGGAGGAGCUUGACUUCCAGCCUCCAGUGGUUCUCACUGUGGAGGACACAGAUAUAGCGAAUGGGAUAAUGAACGGUCACACACAGAUACACUUGGAGCCUGCUCCUAAUUUCCGAAUGGAGCCAGUGACAGCCCUGGGUGUCCUUUCGCUCAUUCUCAACAUCAUGUGUGCUGCUCUGAACCUCAUCCGUGGGAUUCACCUUGCAGAACAUUCUCUACAGGUUGCCCACGAGGAAAUUGGAACUAUUCUGGCUUUUCUUAUUCCUUUUGUAGCCUGUAUUUUCCAGUGUUAUUUGUACCUGUUCUACAGUCCAGCCAGGACUGUGAAGGUGGUGCUGAUGCUGCUUUUUAUCUGCCUGGGCAACAUGUACCUGCAUGGGCUAAGGAACCUCUGGCAAAUCCUUUUCCACAUAGGAGUGGCUUUUCUGUCUUCAUAUCAGAUACUGACCAGGCAGCUUCAGGAGAAGCAGUCUGACUAUGGAGUAUGAAGAUGACAUCAUGUGAUGAAUGGAUCCUUUCGUUUUCUUGUGAGAGUCACCUGUUUCCCUUUUUGCUUCUCGACUUCACCUCGAGUUUCCAUCCUUGAAGUUCCUUUCGACCAAACCAGUGUGAUACUGAAAGUUGGGGAUUUUUAACAGGAGCGAUGGAAAACGCGAGGUCGCCCCAGCCCCAGUUUUGUGCUGGGCAUCAUGGCGGAAUCUCCAGUUCAGCACAUUUACUUAGGACAGCAGAAUCUGGGGGCUCAUUCAGAAGGAGCAUUAUUAGAAGAUCAGAAUGGAAUUAUUUUGGUCUUUUAAAUUGAAUGAUGCAAUAAACCACUAGAUUCAAUAACACUAGCUUUAGUAACUGGCGGUUGUCUCUGAGGAACCACUUUAAAACCCACAUCAGCUUUUCAGUCUAAAUGGGACUUGGUUAGUUUUUUGUAGAGGGUCAAUACAGGGUGAAUUAAACAUUUUAAAAUAUGGUUCAUAAGUAUAAGCUAGAUAAAUUUUGUUUACAUUUUUUGAUAACUUAGGUCUGAUAUGAUACCUUUAGAAUAUUUAAAUGUAUUUUGGAUAUAAAUUGAACUUAUCUUCAUUUGGGGAAAGGACAAACUCAAGCUGAGAAAAUGGUUAAGAAAGCCGAGUUUAUUUAAUUUGUAUAUAACUUUUUAUGGUGGUGGGACUGCGUGGGCACAGAAAAGUUUUGUAUUUGUCUGCAGGGUAUAUCUGAAUAUUUAAAAAAUUGAGUAACCAAUGCUACUGGAUCAUAAGCUCAUGAGGAUGAGCUUAUGAGCCCGAGAAUUUCAGGGUUCUUUGCGGUGGGGCCACAGACAGGAGUAGGUGAGUCACAUGGAUUCACACAGUGGCACCUUACAGAUGCAGGUUGUAGUAAAAAAACAAAAAACAAAAACACCCUUGUCAUCAGCCUUGUACAUGGCAGCUGAGUGCCUGUCAUCUUAAUGAUGAUGAAUGCCUGACCCUGUGUACCUGUUCCCAGAAGACCUCCUGAGUUAAUUACUCCUCUACCCCUCUUCCAGUCAUCUUAAUUAGAUGGAGGGCCUCGUUCUUUAUGAACAGGAGUUAAGGAGGUGUUAACUUUUUUUCAAGCUUCAUAAGGAUAAGGAUAUAAUAAACCCCAUGCCCUGAAAAGUUACUUUUCUUCUCUCUGUUAAAAUAGUGAUUGAUCACAGUUGUCCAAAAAGAGGCUCUGUAUAAGAUCCUUUUGGUCUCCAGAAAUUUCAGCCUGGGUUGUCCAGUACAUUUAGGAGGCCAUUUCAGGAGUUUGCCCUCUGGAUUGUUGAUUUUUUUUUUUUUUAUGUUUAUUUUAUUUUUGGGAGAGACAGAGCGUGAUCAGGAAAGGGGCAGAGAGAGAGGGAGACACAGAAUCUGAAGCAGGCUCCAGGCUCUGAGCUGUCAGCACAGAGCCCGAUGUGGGGCUCGAACUCACAAGCGGUGAGAUCAUGACCUGAUCUAAAGUCGAACGCUUAAUCGACUGAGUCACCCAGGCGCCCCUCUUUGGAUUGUUCUUGGUAGAAGUCUAGAAUCUGAAUAGCUCACUGACAGUUGUGUGGGAUAUUUUGGGUUGAAUUAUGUGGUCUUGAUAAAUUAAAAUAAUCCUACUUUGAUCGUAAAAGUUGAAAAGCUUCACAAGAAUUAUUGAGUACGUAGGGAAAGCAAGAAUAUUAUUUUAGGGAACUCAGUUGUACUUGGUUGUUACUGGUAGUGCAUUGUUACUGAGCUACCUUGGUAUCAGGUUAAAAAAAAACAAGUUUAUGUGACUGGAAACUGUUGGGAAAAUGAUGCUACAGUAAUUUUCUUAUAAUACAAUUUUCUGUUUUUAAUCAAAAUAUCUUGAUAUGAAAGUUAUAUUGGCAACAUCCUCAGAUGUCAACUGCACAGUUGUCACUCUAUCAGUGUUGCAUCUUUGUAAUUUUCUGCAUACCCAGCAGGCGAAUCUUCAGGCUCUCUGGGAGAUAAUUUUGAAGAGAUGGUAAAAUAGAAUGGAAAGCCAAGGAGGGAAGAGAAGUCUUUGUACAUUAGAAGUACCAAAAAAAAAAUAAAAAUAAAGAAAAGAAAAAAAAGG